AUGGAGAAUGGCAUGAUGAAUGGAGACCACCAUAACGGCCAUGAUCGAUCUCGUUCUCCUUCGCCGGGACUGAGUCGGUCAAACUCGCGAAAUGCGAGCUGUAAAGAAAUUAACCGCACGUCGCUCCUACGAAGAAACCAAAGUUUAAGCGCCAAACAAAUUCGCUUUUACAGAAAUGGGGAUCGGUUUUUUUGCGGGCUUAAACUAGCUGUGUCUCCCGAGCGGUACAAGGAGUUCGAUGCUCUGCUGGCGGAGUUAUCAAACAAGCUGGAACUUUCGACGGGGGCUGUACGUUUUGUAUUCAACGCUGAAAAUGGCAAGAUGAUUACAGACGUGAACGAGCUUCAGUACGGCUCUAGUUAUGUUUGUUCUUCGUGUAAUGUCUUCAAGGAGGUUGAGGGCGGAUAUGGGAGCAUGAAGCCCUCUUGGUCGCUCGCGCAUCACAAGAAAGAAAACGCGCCGACAUCCUCACCAUCUCAUCAGAUCGAUGGAAGCCGGGAUUUCAUCAAACCGAAGUUGGUCACAGUUAUGAAGAAUGGAAAACCCCCACAAAAGAAAGUAACCAUGCUACUCAAUGCUAAAACAGCAGUUAGCUUGGAACAAGUUUUGGAUCAUCUGUCUUCAAAGGGAACACUUGGAAAGGUCGACAAACUACACACAGUCGAUGGAAAACAGGUAAGCUUAUUUGAUUUUAUUGUCGGCCAUUUUUCGUUCUUUUGCUUGAUCAGGCCAUUGAACUGGCAUCUGUGUUACCACAUCCAUUAAUAAUUUAUCUUUAGUCUUGGAUAGGUUGCCUUUGUUCGCCUUUACCUUGAGAAAAAUAUCUCUAUCUCUUUGUUGUUGACAGAUUUUAGUUGAAUGGUUGGACGAAUUUGUUCGUCAAGGUUUUACUCCGAUCUAUUGUGAUAAGGCCAUGGUGGGCUCGUGUCGAAACUAUAAGCAACACGCGGCUCGCAAUAAUUUUCCUUGAGUCAAAGCUAUAAACAUGUUUCCCCUUUUUUCGAAAACGUUUCUGGCGUAAUGGCGUUUAUAAUGAAAUCAUGUCCUGAUGUCCAUUUCAGCCGUAAUGAACUGCGAAUCCAGCGAUGACACAGAAAUGAAUUUUAGCCGCGUGGAAUUUUUGUUGGGUGAAUGACUGUGUCUGUUUCGUGGAUUAUUUUUCGCCGCUUUUCUUUCUGGUUAAUGGGAAGCUAUACAACGUGUAGAUAUUUCCUUUCAUUUUUCUCGUUAAAUUUAUUCCCCAGAGUAUAGUUUGUUUGAUUUCAAGCGCUUUUCAAUUUUAGUCCGUGUGCCCGCCACGUGGAUCAAGGCUUUCAUUAUUUAUACCGUUCGUCUUGGUCGCUUUUAAUAAACUUACCUUCUUUCUAAGGACGAUUUUUCGACUGAGCAAUUUUUCCAAUUUAUACAGUCAUGGGUGGAUUCACAUUGAAGGGAAAUAGCUGUCGCAAGAGCAAAUAUUUUCCGAUUUGUUUUUGUUUUUCAUGCGAGAUUUCACAGCUCGCCUAAGGUAAAAUUUUCACGGCAGGCGUCCUUUGUUCGCAGAUCUGACGAAUUUUGUAAUAAGUCCACAAAUGCGUUCUUGUGUGAAAGAUCGACCCUUUGAUGAAGUUUAGCCGAUCAGUAUUUUUCACUGGACUUUAGGAUUACAUUAAAUUGCAUGACAAAUUUCAUCCCCUGUCACAUUGUACGAAAGCCAAGUGCUUUAUUUGUUGACUUCCACACUACAUUGGUCCAGAUAAAAAGACUUGACAUAUAAAUCAACUUCUUUCCUGUAUUUCAUUUAUUUGUUUUCACAUCUUCAUACAUUACAGCUUGUUGCGUUAGUUUUUUUUUCAUCUCCACUUCAACAAGGGCCAAUGUGAAAGUUUCAUUUCUCUGAUAAAAACAGACCUUUAAGUAAUCAUUUGGGAAUUUUGUUUGCAUUAGUUGUAAGUUGUAAAUAUUUAUUCUUAUUCAAAGAACAGAGGUUCUCCCAUCAUUAUCCAAGAAUCAGAUUGUUUCAAACAAGAAUACAGCUGUACUCUUCUCUUAUAUUAUCUGUUCACCAUCUUGUGAAAAAUUACAAAAUGCUUUGCUGGUGAAGAAACAAAAAAGCGCCUGUGAGCUUCUGCUUCAUUGAAAAAUAGUAAUUUCCUUUGUAUUUUCUAUUUACAUUUGACACCUAUGAAAUUAAGAUGUGAUUAAAAAAUUCUGUGAAGGAUUUGGUGAAUUUUAUCUUUAGUUCAUUUUUUUCCUGGAAUUUUGCUUAUCAAGUGUAAGAUUACAAAAUUAAUGAAGAAGCAAAGGCAUUCUUUCUCAGAGAAGAUGUAGAUAUUGUAGGAGACAAGUUCUACCACCUCUGGGUUGAUUUCGUCGUGCAUGUGAUGCUCAUCUUAGUGUGUUAAAAUUUUUCAAACUUUUUCCUAAGUGAAAUGUAUGUUUAACCCAUUCUGCUACAACAGGCAAAUUGUAAUCCAAGUAGAUGUUAGAAAUCAUAGGAUGUGAUAUAAUAAACAUCGCCCCUGGAAAAUACAACGAACUAUGUGCAUUUGAUUUAUAGAUGUUAUUACUCAUCAGAUAAUGAAACUAUUUUGCACAGCAUGGUAAGCAAUAACACAAAGUUACAUGAGCUACAUAUAAGUUGUUUCACUUGAAGAUGACAUUAAAAGACUGAAAGUUAAAUUGGUCUGAUGCCAUAUUUUGUUCUCUCACAGUAAAAUCUGCCCAUUGGCAUUUAUUUCAGUACAGUUUUUAAUCAACAAGUGAUCUUAUUUAAUUAAAUGACUAAUGUUCUGAUAUGCAGAGUAAGCUAUUGACUAUAUUACAUCUAUACUCAAGACAUGUUUGGCCUAUUUUCCUUGCAUGCAUAAGCAACAUUUGUCGACAAUCCAACUCUUUAAUCACCUGUUGUUUCAGUUCAGAGUACAGAUUUUCAAAAUACACAGAGUAACAUUCCUGAAGGGAACUGGCUUGGGUUUAAAAACAGAAGUAGUCAUACAUUUGAGUUUUUAUUAUGUUUCACCAUGGGAGUUAAACAAAAGAAGUUGAAAGUUUAUAACAGUAGAGAGACUAGCCGCAGCAUUUAAUUGUAUAGAGGAUUGUUUGGAUCUAUUACAUUGAUCAAUGGGAAGGAAGUGGAUGUUAAUUAAAGCUCCCAAUUGCUCAAUAUUGCUUAAUUUUCAUAUUUGUCAUAUAUUUUAAUAUUAUUUGUCAUCAAGUUACUAUGUUAUGGUUCGUUGAUCUGACUUAUGAUCAGUCCAUUAACCCGUUUUUUCUGUAAAUAAAAACUUUCAAAUUAUGUGAACUUUAUUCGUUUUGUGCUGUACAAUGUCCUGCUAACUUUUGAGUCUAUGGAUGGAAUCCUAUACUGUGACCAUUUUAAUGAAAGCUAUUGAGCAGAAAUUUCCUGUGGUGCUGUUUAAUAAGCUGUACAAGAUGGUUCCAAUCUAUGAGCCUGGGCAAUAAUCCUCUUAAAAGUGUGACCAUUAACCUUAAAGACAUUCAGUUGUGUCUUAAGCUUCCUUAUUCUUCAUCAGUGUUUUUUUAAUUCUAGAAUUUCACUUAAUGCCACUCUAGGGGUGGAAGGGUUAAUCGCAUUUUCUCAGUGCAUUUCGGUUUAUGAUGCAUUUAUGUUUUGGAGUGUAAUAAAUCUCAUUUUAUGAACAUGCUUUAUACAAUAAUCCUAUUAAAUAAAGUUUUUUCAUUUUUAUCCGUCAUCCUUAAUUUUGUUUAAUUUUCAAUAAUUUUAUUAUCUUAAGUUAUCUAACCAUAAAUUGUUUUCCUGUGAAUUUGGUGUUAAACUGUCUCAGCAGUUCCGUUUUCCAGGUGAUGUUUUGUUUUUUUGUUAUUGUUGAAUCACUUCCAAAUGCAUUCAUUGUUUUCAGAUCAGGGAGCUUCGACAUCUGUUCAAUGAUGACACCAUGUUUGUUGCCCUGCAAAGCCAUGAAAAAUUCCCAGAGGAAGGAUUUGAUGUUGAUGUACAAAGUGAGUGGUGGAUUUUUUUUUUGCUAAAUGCCUUGAAUCUUAUUAUCUUUUCUGGUGUGAUCAUUUGGGUAAAGGUAUUAAAAAAAUGGUAUCAUUUGAUGAAACUGUAAUCUUUGGAUUUUGGAAACUCCCUGCUGUGAAUGGAACAGUUUCUUUUGGGUUUUCUGACAGAUCUGAUGAAAACGACAAUCUCGUGGAAUACAAGUUGUAGACCCAAAUAAUUAGACUUUGUUACUGGAAUGAUUUGAUAGCUUGCUUUUGAAUUUUUUUUUUCUGAAUUUUGGGGAAAAUUGCCAAGAAAAUGUCUCUUCUUAAAGGCCGGGUCUAAAGUACUGGUCACAUUCAGAGUACAAGUCACUUGAUAAAUUCCCAAGCCACACAGAUUCUCCUCAGUCUAAUAGAGCAUUUUGUGAAGAGAUUAGGGCUAGGAGACUCUUUUUAUGCCGUUUUUUAUCUGUAUAAUGGUGACCUGUACACUGACGUGUGGAAAAUGAUCUGUAUUUUAGAUCCACAGAUGUUAACCACCUAGUCAUGUUCCUGAUGUUCCUAAAUUAGUAUGUUAGGUUAUUUAAGAAAAAGUUCAGUCCAAUUUAUUCUUUGGGGUUUAAUGUGAACACUUUUGAUUAGUGGUGUGGCUCUCGUGUAAGCGAGACAAAAAUGAGCAAAUUACUAUUUAAUAAUGUGCCGAGAGACUGUGCGCGUGCUCUUGAUUUAUGAUGACGAACUUCUGAACCUGUUAUUGCCCUUGUCGAUUGAAAUCUCACACUUUUGAGAACCAUGCUCAAAGCAGGCCAGGAAAUAGGACCCAUAAUGUAUAGGAAUCCCGCACUCAUUUUGAGCUCGCUUAUACGAUGGCAAACGGUAAACUUUUACUGGGCUAGUUUCCUCAGCCAAGUUUAAUAAUACUUGGUGCUUUUUUUCUGAUCCCAGGGUUCUACCCUCGCCCUCGCUGGCGUUAUGCACCUGUAACAGAUACUUAUUCCUAUAUUCCUGGCCUGCGUCCUGAGCCCCCUCCUCCAGAAAAGAAGUUUACAGUUCACUUGCACUGCAUCUUAGCGGCAUCCAUGUCAAAUUUGACAUUGCCAAGGCCGCUACCAGUCAGGGCAAGAUCAGUCUCACCCAGACCUUCCAGAAAAUCUUUUUCACCUUCACCAAAAUCGACGCAAAGAUCGUCUGCAAGUUUCACUCCUCAAAGACCAAAAACUGCCCUGGGGGUUCCAUCAGAGUUUUCUCGUAAAGCUCUCAUGCCUCAAGCAAAAGAAAAUGGUACUUUCAGACCAGCUAAGAAGAAGGCUGGUUCUGAUAAACCUGUUCCUAUCAGACCGAAAGCUGGCUCAGAUACUCCUGUUGCAAUACGAGGAAGAUUGAGACCCCCAGAACCAAAAGUAUUGCCAUUGAAUGACUCACAGAGGGAAGAUCCUGAAUCUGAAAAUAUCGAGGGUCGACAUGGAUAUUAUAUUUAUAUUUACAAUGAGAAGAUAAGCAAAAGCCAAGGACUACAAGAAGGGAAACCAACUGCAUCAGUUCGACCUAUGAUGUUCUCCAAUGAUGAUCAGGGAGAAGAUGUUGAUCCUGUCAGCAAAUUAGAUCUAAAGCCCAUGACAUUAAACCUGUCACCUGUUGACUCACUUGAAACAAUCACUGCUUAACCCUUUAAGUCCUAAUGGUGACGAACAUCAAUUUUCUCCUAACGAUAUUCAUACAUUGUCAAGAGAUUAGGUUAUGAGAGUCAAUGAAAUGAUCACCAAAGAGAUAACGCCCUGAUCUUUUAUCAAAUUCUCUCAACACACUCUUUAACAAAAUGUAUGGAGAUCAGUUUGGAGAAUUUGUAUAUGUAUAUUGGGGCUUAAAAGGUUGAUUGUUGGUACAUGUAGCUUUCAUGACCUUACUUGACUAAGGUAGUCAUAAUUUCAAAUUUUGAUUAGAAAAAGUUCCAGAUACACUUACUGAUCUUAAAAUUUUUAUUGAUUUAACAAAUUCGUCUGUGGCUUCAGAUAAUUUCAAAUUACAUAUUUUUUGUCCGUUGACUAACCACUUGGCCAAUUAUCAUGACACCUGAUUUUUCUCUAAAAGCACUUCUCUUAAAUUGCCCCAGUUACUUUUAAACUCUCAUCUACAGUUAAGUCUUCUUUAUUUAACCCUCCAAAAAAGGCAGCAGAUUUUUAGGUACAAUAGCAGUGUUUUGUCGAGGUUGUGUUGUAGUUAAAAUAGUAAGGGUAGACAGUUGCAUGAGUUAUAAUAAAACUAUUAGUGAUAAUGAUACUAAUAAUCAUAAUAAUUAUAAUCAUAACCAUUAUAAUGAUAUUGAUGUUACCACAAAACUUAUUAUACCUGUUUCAUGUCAAGGAAACAGGGAUCAAUAUUAUUCGAAUUUUUAUUACUCAAAUGUGUGUGGAUAAUCAUGUCUCCCAUAAAAAAUAAAAAUUAAUGUUCUCGUAAGAGAGUUUUAUAGAAAGAGUUCUACAAAUAGUAAACUGUUAAUGUUGCUUUCUUUGCAUCUUAUUUAUAGCUUUUUGUAGUUGUAUUUAUUUGUGCACUGCUUUGGUGAAAGCUUGAAAAGUAUUUAUCCAUUCGUUUUACAUGAGCUUGAUGCUCUAGAUUUAUAAACACAAUAAGCAGAGCUUUUAAAAGGCAUACUUGUGCACAUUCAAAAUUGUUUAUUCUUCUAAAACUAACACAUCCUCUAUAUGUUAUACUUGAGCUUUGUGCUUACAAUAAUAUUGAACUAUGCAUUUUAUCAGUAAUAUUAUUUUAUCCCCUAUAAAAUGAGGUCCAAAACCAAGAGAUUGAAAACAUUACUCAACAAAUUAAUGUGGAUUAGCUUUUCAUGUGAGAGUCAUUUCUAUUUUCGAUAACAUUUAUGCAUCAAAUCAUAUUUCGUAGUGCAAAUUUAUUGUGAUUCAAACAUAUCUUAGAUCAUGAUUCUUGAUAAAAGAACGAGUAUUUUUGAUAGCAUUCAGUAUUUUCGUUGAAAUGUCCUGAUCAACUUUUAUUGCAACAGAUGAAAUUAACUUAAUGCUGUGUUAUAACAAUAAUUCUAUUAAGUCUCUCUAAUACAAGGUGAUUAACAAAUUAAUAUUACUAAUAUUAAUAAUAAAUUAUUGUCGCAAAGUAGCAGUUUAUCGUUUAGAAUAAAAAACGUAGAGUGAGGAAUAACAUGAGUAGUGUAAAAGUAUUAAUCCUUUCACUGACAACAAAUGCAUGGCAUUAUAUCUCGCACAAUUCUAAAAAAUUGGCCAUACCCACAAAAAAGUUAUCAUGCGAUACAAUUUUAGACAAAUCAAUUAAACUUCUUGGACUUUUGCAUGUGAUUAGUUUCAUUUUUUAGGCUUCCAUCGUUGGCCUAAUAAGUGUCCUGUUGUGUCGUGUUGUGUCAUAAUGUGGUAGUUUAAUUCCAUAGUUUAAAGAUGGAACAAAGAAUAUAGAUUCACAUAUAGAGUGACAGAAUUACAAUGGCUGUAUUACUGUUGUGUUUUAUUAAAAUUCUUAAGUGCAUUUUUUAAUACACUAGGAACUACUGUAGUUGCAACAAAACGCAUCCUUGAGUUUCAGAAGUGUGCAGGAAUAAUAUUUUAAUUCACAUAAGUGGUCACAUAAUACAUUGUGUAACAGAACAUAAGAAAAAUAAGGAUACCAUUGGUUUUAUUUUUGAAAAAUGUUCCAUGAUUUGCAUGUUCACACUGGGUAUGUGUACUCAAUUGAUACUUGAUCUGCCUAGUUGUGACAUUUGCAUUUCAUUGAACAUUGUAUAGACAUUUCAUUAAUAAAUUAAUAUUAUAGUCAAUAAAAAUUAUAAGGGCAGAGGUAAUUAAAGGGUUAUAUAUAACAGGGUAUAUUCAAUGCCAAUAAAGGUUGUGUUUCAGUUAAGAGAUAUUUAAGAUACAUUUAAAAAUGCUACUAAAAUGGCAAGGAACUUAAAGUUCAUGAUAUUCAUAUUAUAAUGUUAUAUUAGGCACAGUUAUGUUACAUCAACAAUAUACAACAAUUCAGUUUGUUAGUGAAUUAAUAUUUUUUAAGGGAUAGUACUUUAUCAUGUGAAGGGUUGGAGAGAGGUUAUGAGAGACUAGGGAUUUUUUAACAUGAAUGUCAAAAACAAUCAAUGACAAGUCGCUACAAUAAUGUCCAAGGAGCACUUUUUAAGGUUUUAUAAAUAUCAGAGAGUGGAAAAUAUUUUUGGAAUAGCUGAAAGCACUAAGCAAUUAAAGAUGAUGUUUUAAUGAAACCUGAAAGAAAGAUGAAUGAUGGCAGUGAAAUAUUUCUUACAAAAUGGAACUGGAAAGAUGUCAUUUAUUUUGUAUUAUUGCAUUUUACAAUGCAAUGUUGUUUUAAAGACACAACUGCCAUGUAUGUGUGAGACUUUUAUAAUAAAAAAUAAAAAGUGCAAAAUCAUGUGUAGUGGUUGCUUUCUUCUUAAGAAGCCCUUAAAUGCACCUAUGAACCCAAAACCAACUCAUUAUCAGCAAAACAUAUCCUCAUACUUACUGUUUUGUACCUCUUAAUGAGAAGGAGGAGGAUAAAGGGAAAGCUUCCUUCAUCUUUGAGAAAAUUAAUUCUUUAGAGGUAAGAGUUAGAAGAUAUAUGAUACCACCUAAAGAUCUUUUUGUUUUCACAAAAUGAAUUUUUUAGGUUAUAAGAUUACUCCAUAUAGAGACCUCAAAAGGCCAAGUGGACUAAAACGGUCCUCCUCAUUACGAACCCCACGUGGUCGACGAGACAGCGGCUCAAAUGAAUCAGGUAAAAAAUGCCCUUUUGGUGUAUAGAAAAUUGAACAUAUACCACAGUCAAACUGUCAAAACAGAACACUUGAAAUGUUUUAAGAGUGUUUGUUGUGUUAUAACCAAUCACAGCAAAGAUCAGGACAUUCCAGCAAGCAAGAAAACCACUAACUUUAAGCAACAAUGUUAAUUAGAAAGUUUGUGGUUUUCUGGUUUGCAGCUUGCAGUUUAGUUUUCUCAUGCCUGAUUGGCUUUUUUCUUCAACAGCAACAUUCCAGAAAUAUUUCUGGUGUUUAUGAUUUUGUUGGUUUCACUGUUUUAUGUAAAAAUUAAUAGUAAACAAAUAUUUAAAUAUUUCUCUUUCAUCAUGAAAACCUGAAUAAAAGCAGUUAUUACUUAUGCUACAAAGCCAAAUGAGUAUUAAAUCUAAAUGCAUUUUAAUUUCAUACUAUCUUUUUUUAAAAAAGGAGCAGUAUCUAAACCAAAGCAAUCACAGUCAUUCCCUAUUUAAAACUUUGAAUGAAUAUUUUAGUCGGUAUAAGAAAAGACUUUAUCCAUUACGUAAUUUGAUGAUGAUAACAAUGACAAUAAAACACACAAGGUUCUGUUUUUUUAUGUCAUUUUUUCCAAUUUGAAAUAAUUAUAAUUCUUUAAAGUACGUUUAUUGGAUAAAAACUGAAUUUGUGCCCUCUUUACUAGGUUGGGUAUUAAACAAAACCAAUAAGAACAAGUACAAAUUACCUCCUUUUUAAAAAAUGUUCUCAGUGAGAUAAAACCCCUAAUGUUUUAGGCAAAACAAUGUUAAUAAAAAAAUAACAAGAAUUGCUAUUUCAGGUGGCCAUGGCCCUAGUCGUGAUCGCCAAGUGCGGCGCUCUUCCUCAGGUAAAAUGUUAACACAAAUUUAAGGCAUAAAUGAAUAAGUUCAAGCUCAAGUUCAUCUUAUUUUACACUAAAGUAAACUCUUGGAAGCAGUUGUUAAAAAUUACAUAAAUGGAGAAGUUAAGAGACCAUCCAAGAUAUUUUUAAGUUAAAAUAACAUUUUAAUGUUGAUUUGGUUUUAAAGCUCUGAACCUCUUUAAUUUAUACCAGGUGAGAUAAUUUUUGCAUUUUAAACCAUGUAUAUUUUUUUACUGUUCGGUGAACCAGUUUUUUUUCAUGUUUUCUCUAAAUACAACAAUAAUUAUUCAUCUAAAGUAAUUAAUCUUGAUUUUGAUUGACCUAACCAUGAUGUCUGCGAAAUACACAGUUGUGUCAGAUCAAAAACAUGGUUGUUUCAACAGCGGCUAGGUGAAAACCCUCUUCCUAAUUCUCUAAACCUGUGGGCAAUAAAAGCCUUUGAAUAAGUUUUUUAAAAUAUCUUUAUGCAGUUAAGAGUGCUAGCAAGGAUCGACGGACAAGUCCUGGACCUCCAGCCAACAGGGUAUAGCAAUCUAUCUCAAUAUGUAUUUAUUGUUUAUGAUAAUAAAUAUAAUGAUUAUUCCUUAUCUAUCCAACUAUACUACUUAUUGCACAAAAAAGGCAUAAAAUAAGUACAAAAUAUCCCACAUUACUGUGCAGCUGGGUUUUUUUAUAUCUUAUAAAACCUGUUUGACAGGUCACUGCAUACCUAGAGAUUACUUUCUGAUGGAAAGUUUUUUAUUUCACCUUGAUGUAGUAGUCCUUCGACUUACAUAAGUACCAGCAAUUCAUAUUUAAAAUUAUGAAGGGAUAAAAUUGUUUUUGUUUAGUUUUGUAUACGAGUGAAAACAAACUAGUGCAUUGUGAAAGAUAUUUUGCCCAAGAGGCGAUUAGAUGACAUCAUAAGAUAUCAUUACCAAAGAAACUGGUUGAAUUGCAUUUCAUAUCUGAAUUUCUGAAAGUGAAAGAGUAAGAGAAUUGUACAGCAAAAUAACUAAUAACCUUCUUAAACAUUUCUGUUGUCUUGUAGAUGAAUGGUCACAGCCCAAGAAGUAAGUUGGGAUUGUUACUGCUGUAAAUUCUUGUGAAUGUCAAACAUCUUCAUGAUGGCAAAUUGCAAGGAAAUACAGUUACUAGUCAAUUUUUGCUUUGUAAAGUCUAUAUGUUUCUGUGCAACACUUGUAUUGUAAAUAAAUAUAUGUUGGCAGUUACAAGGAGUCUUGAGAAUUUUCUCAGUUAAAGCAUAGGUUUAGAAUGUUUUUCCCCUGGGAUGUAAUUAAAAUUAUCAUAAAACCAUUGGAGAACAAGCAAAAUGAAUGAUAUCCUUGUUUAUUCCAUGGAAAGAAGUUUCAUUUAUUACCUCUUAUUUUCUGAAUUGGACUGUCAAAGAAAAUAAUUCUUUAAAAUUUUUGUAUCUUGUAUUAAUUUUAUUUUGUCUGCCUGUUGUUCUUGGAAAAGUUAUUUUAAUUUUCAACUUAAAAAAUAUCCAUAUGUAUUCCUGUUUUAGUGUUAUGCCAUAAAAGUUGUUGAAGUAUUUACUCACAGUAUGUUUCCUUCUAACAGCAGCCAGUGCCAAGAGUCCCACAGGGUCUUCUGGCAGAAGGGUUGGUUUAUUUUAGUUUUUUUCUUCUAGUUUGUUUAAUGAAGCUCAGCAUAUUAUUACUCUAAGUUUAUGAGUGUGUUCCAUUAUACCAGCAAUUGUGAAAAUUUUGUUUGAAACAAAAGAGUGGUGUGUCUGCGGUGUCUCCAGAGUUGGUCCUCUUGAGCUGAUCAGUCUUAAGCUAGGUUUUCCAUUUUCAAAAAUUAACACUUUGGUUUGGUUAGAAAUUUUUAUUUUGAUUGAUCAAUGUCAUUCCAUUGUCCCUUAGUGUGUUCACCUAGUCUCUGACUUGUUGGUGUGGUGUCAAUAGUCAUAGAAAUGUUGAAAAUCCACCUUAAACUUUGUUUUGAAAAUAGAAACUGUAAAAUUUCUGAAAGUGGAGUCGAUGCUUGAGAGCUCUGAAAAUUAUAAUAUUUUACCAUUUGAGAGUCUGGCCAGAAACAAUAGUUUCAGAGAUGUGGUCAUGGUAUUGUUGAUGUUUGAAUAGGCCGGCUUCAUUAUUGUUUUUAAGAGAAUCUGUAUAGUCAGCUCAACGUUUUUCACAGCCUUAAUUCUCUUUGGCAUCCCGGAAGUUUUGAUGUGAAAGAGGACACACUUAACCUUAGAGGUUGACUUUGCCCCCCCUCCUGAAAAAAAACAUUUAUCACAACUGUCACAUUCCAUUUUUUGCAGACUCCAAACAGUGGCCCUGUUCAUCCUAAUGAUGAGUUGUAAGUUUCUACAAGUUAUACAACACUUUUGGUUUAAGUCUCAGCUUUUGGCAUCUUUUACUACUUUUCCAUCCUUCAACUGAUACUCCACUAGAUUCCAGUCAUCAUCGACUAGAGUCCACUUGAGUUACUGGAAAUCUAGUCCUGAAAUACCUCAUUCUUUAACCAUAAACUGAGACAAGCUUGAUAUUUUUUAAGUCUCUCACGAAUAGCAAUCAGGAAGUGCUGUGAAAUCUGUUUGUUUUUCCAGCGGAAAUUAGUCAUGUGCAGUGGACAACCCUCACAUCCUUUUGAACAAGGAUAAGAACUAUUAAAGGAAGGUGUCUUAAAUUGAAAUGAAGUUGGUAAAAAAUCAAUCAAAAUUUACAAUGCUGACAAAUUAUUAUGUCAUUGAAAGAAGCAUCUCUGUACAAAGACCCUGUUCCAUCUUUAUGACUGUAAUCAGAAAUGUUUGAUCAGAAAUUUUAUCUUUAAACCUUUUUGUGGUCAAAUGUCUUUCUCAGAGGUGUCUGCAAUAUUUGAAAAGUUUUUUGGACAGAAAAAAAAGUAAGGGAUAUCUGCCCACUGGAUCUCAUGUUUGAUAUUUUAAGCAAAAAUAAAUAUUUGAAAAUGUUUAUUUAAAACAGGUAUCCAGCUAAUGUUUUUGAGAAGGACUCCCCGGACACAGGUGAGAAUUAUCUUCACAAGGAUUUGAAAUUUAUUCAAGAUCAUACCUUGUUUGCAGGAAUAUAGACAGCGAGAUGCCAGGAAUAUCCUCAUAAAUGAAAAUAGUUUUGCUGCGAGAAAAAUGUAACAUUUAUUUCUUAUUUCACAAGAAAGGCAGAAGGAGUCCCCUGUGGGAAGUUUGGACAGGCUAGCUGUUUUGUUCCCUAUAAAACCAAUGCUUAUUCUAAAUCUAUACAGUUUGCUCUUGUGUGUUUCCGUAUUUCUUUAGAAAUCUGAAUUGUAGUUAUUAGAGGUUAAACAAUAUAUUUUGCCUGUCAAAUGUGCAGAGUAAAAAGAUAACAGAUGUUAAACAAUAUGAUCAACAUGUAAAAUCCAUUCUAAAGACCGAGGUUGACCGGCCUGUCACACAGUUUAAAGUGCUAAAUUUGAGUGCAAUGUUACCUGUAAAAGUUAAGCUGCAUAAAAUUUAAUCUUUUCUGUAAUAUCUUUUCCCAUUUAUUUAAAAUUGAUUAAUGCACUUAAUGGGAAAAAAAAAAAAGAAUAAGCUAAUUAAGGACCAUUAAGUAACAGACAAUGUCCUGUAGUUACUCGCCUUUCCAAAUGAAACACACCCAUACAAAUGGCCUUGCUUGUAAAAGCUUUUGGGAGACAUGCCAUUGUUUACUUAGUGAACACUUGAAAUGUUUUAAGAGUGUUUGUUGUGUUAUAACCAAUCACAGCAAAGAUCAGGACAUUCCAGCAAGCAAGAAAACCACUAACUUUAAGCAACAAUGUUAAUUAGAAAGUUUGUGGUUUUCUGGCUUGCAGCUUGCAAUUUAGUUUUCUCAUGCCUGGUUGGCUUUUUUCUUCAACAGCAACAUUCCAGAAAUAUUAUAUUUCUGGUGUUCAUGAUUUUGUUGGUUUCACUGUUUUGUGUAAAAAUUAAUAGUAAACAAACAUUUAAAUAUUUCUCUUUCAUCGUUGAAACCUGAAUAAAAGCAGUUAUUACUUAUGCUACGAAGCCAAAUGAGUAUUAAAUCUAAAUGUAUUUUAAUUUCAUACUAUCUUUUUUUUAAAAAAAGGAGCAGUAUCUAAACCAAAGCAAUCACAGUCAUUCCCUAUUUAAAACUUUGAAUGAAUAUUUUAGUCGGUAGGUAAUUUGAUGAUGAUAACAAUGACAGUAAAACACACAAGGUUCUGUUUUUUUAUGUCAUUUUUCCAAUUUGAAAUAAUUAUAAUUCUUUAAAGUACAGUUAUUGGAUAAAAACUGAAUUUAUGCCCUCUUUACUAGGUUGGGUAUUAAACAAAACCAAUAAGAACAAGUACAAAUUACCUCCUUUUUAAAAAAUUUUCUCAGUGAGAUAAAACCCCUAAUGCUUUAGGCAAAAUAAUGUUAAUAAAAAAGUAACAAGAAUUGCUAUUUCAGGUGGCCAUGGCCCUAGUCGUGAUCGCCAAGUGCGGCGCUCUUCCUCAGGUAAAAUGUUAACACAAAUUUAACUAAUGAAUAAUUUCAAGCUCAAGUUCAUCUUAUCUCACACUAAACUAAAUUUUUGGAAGCAGUUGUUAAAAAUUACCUAAAUGGAGAAGUUAAGGGACCAUCCAAGAUAUUUCUAAGUUAAAAUAACAUUAAAUGUUGAUUUGGUUUUAAAGCUCUGAACCUCUUUUAUUUAUACCAGGUGAGAUAAUUUUUGCAUUUUAAACCAUGUAUAUUUUUUUACCGUUCGCUGAACCAGUAUUUUUUCAUGUUUUUUCUAAAUACAACAAUUCAUCUAAAGUCAUUAAUCUUGACUUUGACUGACCUAACCAUGAUGUCUGCGAAAUACACAGUUGUGUCAGAUCAAAAACAUGGUUGUUUAAACAGCGGCUAGGUUAAAACCCUCUUCUUAAUUUUCUAAACCUGUGGGCAAUAAAAGCCUUUGAAUAAGUUUUUUAAAUAUCUUUAUGCAGUUAAGAGUGCCAGCAAGGAUCGACGGACAAGUCCUGGACCUCCAGCCAACAGGGUAUAGCAAUCUAUCUCAAUAUGUAUUUAUUGUUUAUGAUAAUAAAUAUAAUGAUUAUUUCUUCUCUAUCCAACUGUACUACUUAUUGCACAAAAAAGGCAUGAAAUAAGUACAAAAUAUCCCACAUUACGGUGCAGUUGGUUUUUUCAUACCUUAUAAAACCUGUUUGACAGGUCACUGCAUACAUAGAGAUUACUUUCUGAUGGAAAGUUUUUUAUUUCAACUUGAUGUAGUGGUCCUUCGACUUACAGAAGUACCAGCAAUUCGUAUUUAAAUGUAGGAAUAAAAUUGUUUUUGUUUUGUUUUGUAAAAGAGUGAAAACAAACUAGUGCAUUGUGAAAGAUAUUUUGCCCAAGAGGCGAUUGGAUGACAUCAUAAGAUAUCAUUAUCACAAAAACUGGUUGAACUGCAUUUCAUAUCUGAAUUUCUGAAAGUGAAAGAGUAAGAGAAUUGUAGAGCAAAAUAACUAAUAAUCAUCUUAAACAUUUCUGUUGUCUUGUAGAUGAAUGGUCACAGCCCAAGAAGUAAGUUGGGAUUGUUACUGCUGUAAAUUCUCUUGAAUGUCAAACAUCUUCAUGGUAGCAAAUUGCAAGGAAAUACAGUUACUAGGGAGUUUUUGCUUUGCAAAGUCUAUAUGUUUCUGUGCAACACUUGUAUUGUAAAUAAAUAUAUGUUAGCAGUUACGAGGAGUCUUGAGAAUUUUCUCAGUUAAAGCAUAGGUUUAGAAUGUUAUUCCCCUGGGAUGUAAUUGAAAUUAUCAUAAAACCAUUGGAGAACAAGCAAAAUGAAUGAUAUCCUUGUUUAUUCCAUGGAAAGAAAGUUUCAUUUAUUACCUUGUAUUUUCUGAAUUGGCCUGUCAAAGAAAAUAAUUCUUUAAAAUUUUUGUAUCUUGUAUUAAUUUUAUUUUGUCUGCCUGUAGUUCUUGGAAAAGUUAUUUUAAUUUUCAACUUAAAAAUAUCCAUAUGUAUUCCUGUUUUAGUGUUAUGCCAUAAAAGUUGUUGAAGUAUUUACUCACAGUAUGUUUCCUUCUAACAGCAGCCAGUGCCAAGAGUCCCACAGGGUCUUCCGGCAGAAGGGUUGGUUUAUUUUAGUUUUUUUCUUCUAGUUUGUUUAAUGAAGCUCAGCAUAUUAUUAUUCUAAGUUUAUGAAUGUGUUCCAUUAUGCCAGCAAUUGUGGAAAUUUUGGUUGAAACAAAAGAGUGGUGUGUCUGUGGUGUCUCCAGAAUUGGUCCUCUUGAGCUGAUCAGUCUAAGCUAGGUUUUCCAUUUUCAAAAAUUAAUAUUUCUAGUCUCACUUCACUGAUAAAAAUCGGUCAAAGUAUACACAACGCUUUGGUUUGGUUAGAAAUUUUAUUUUGAUGGAACAAUGUCAUUCCAUUGCAAUUGUCCCUUGGUGUGUUCAACUAGUGUCUGACUUAUUGGUGUGGUGUCAUAGAAAUGUUGAAAAUCCACCUUAAAUGUCAUUUUGAAAAUCGAAACUGUAAAAUUUCUGAAAGCGGAGUCAAUGCUUGAGAGCUCUGAAAAUGAUAAUAUUUUACCAUUUGACAGUCCAGCCAGAAACAAUGGUUUCAGAGAUGUGUUCAUUGUAUUGGUGAUGUUUGAAUAGGCCGGCUUCAUUACUGUUUUUUAGAGAAACUGUAUAGUUUGGUCAAUGUUUUUCACAGCCUUAAUUCUCUUUGGCAACCCGACAGUUUUGAUGUAAAAGAGGACACACUUAACCUUAGAGGUUGAUUUUGCCCCCCGCUCCCCCGCUUGAAAAAAAAUAUAUCUCACAACUGUCACAUUCCAUUUUUUGCAGACUCCAAACAGUGGCCCUGUUCAUCCUAAUGAUGAGUUGUAAGUUUCUACAAGUUAUGCAACACUUUUGAUUUAAGUCUCAGCUUUUGGCGUCUUUUACCACUUUUCCAUCCUUCAACAGAUACUCCGCUAGAUUUCAGUCAUCAUCAACUAGAGUCCACUUGAGUUACUGGACGUCUAGUUCUAAAAUACCGCAUUCUUUAACCAUAAACUGAGACAAGCUUGAUAUUUUUUAAGUCUCUCACAAAUAGCAAUCAGGAAGUGCUGUGGAAUCUGUUUGUUUUUCCAGUAGAAAUUAGUCAUGUGCAGUGGACAACCCUCACAUCCUUUUGAACAAGGAUAAGAACUAUUAAAGGAAGGUGUCUUAAAUUCUACAAAAGCUUUUUUGGUUUACUUGUUCUGAAAUCAAGUUGGUAAAAAAUGAAUUAAAAUUAACAAUGCUGACAAAUUAUUAUGUAAUUGAAUGAAGCAUCUCUGUACAAAGACCCUGUUCCAUCUUUAUGACUGUAAUCAAAAAUGUUUGAUCGGAAAUUUUAUCUUUAAACCUUUUUGUGGUCAAAUGUCUUUCUCGGAGGUGUCUGCAAUAUUUGAAAAGUUUUUUGGACAAAAAAAGUAAGAAAUAUCUGCCCACUGGAUCUCAUGUUUGAUGUUUUAAGCAAAAAUAAAUAUUUGAAAAUGUUUAUUUAAAACAGGUAUCCAGCUAAUGUUUUUGAGAAGGACUCCCCAGACACAGGUGAGAAUUAUAUCUUCACAAGGAUUUGAAAGUUAUUCAAGAUCAUGCCUUGUUUGCAGGAAUAUAGACAGCCAGAUACCAAGAAUAUCCUUAUAAAAUGAAAACUAGUUUUGCUGUGAGAAAAAUGUAACAUUUUUUUCUCAUUUCACAAAAAAGGCACAAGGAGUCCCUUAUGGGAAAAGUUUGGAUAGGCUUGCUGUUUUGUUCCCUAUAAAACCAAUGCUUAUUCUAAAUCUAUACAGUUUGCUCUUGUGUGUCUCAGUAUUUCUUUAAAAAUCUAAAUUUUAGUAAUUACAGGUUAAAAGAUAUAUUUUGUCUGUCAAAUGUGCAGAGUAAAAAGAUAACAGAUGUUAAACAAUAUGAUCAACGUGUAAAAUCCACUCUAAAGACCAAGGUUGACCGGCCUGUCACACAGUUUAAAGUGCUAAAUUUGAGUGCAAUGUUACCUGUAAAAGUUAAGCUGCAUAAAAUUUAAUCUUUUCUGUAAUAUCUUUUCCCAUUUAUUUAAAAUUUAUUAAUGCACUUAAUGGGAAAAAAAAAGAAUAAGCUUAUUAAGGACCAUUAAGUAACAGACAAUGUCCUGUAGUUACUCGCCUUUCCAAAUGAAACACACCCAUACAAAUGGCCUUGCUUGUAAAAGCUUUUGGGAGACAUGCCAUUGUUUACUUAGACAAAUUUUCAUACAUUACACAGCUUGGCGGAAGGGAGCUCCGAAGAAGGUCAUUAGGAGACCUAAAGCAAAGGUCACCCCUCCAACAAGUGACAAGUUUUAUUCCACAGUGUGGCUUAGUGACUAUGAUUCAGAGCCGGAAAAAAAAUUAGAAUUAAUAGCAAGUACGGGGACUACUUCAUGUGAUAGCCAUGUAAACACGCCGUUUAGUAGCCGGCCCACUUCACCAUUUAGCAGUCAAUUAUCCUCCCCAAUCAGUAGUCGACCAAAUACGCCUUCAGUUUUCUCAAAGUUUGAAGAUGAGGAUUCGGGCUUACAUUCUGAAAAUGAUAAAUCAUACGAGGACGUUGUUGGUCCUAGAAAAAAAUUGCACCGCACAUUAAGUUUGCCAGAUGCAGAACUCAACAAUCUCUGUGCAGAAGACUUGCAGGAAAGAUUUUCAACACUUCAAUUAGAACAAGAAAACCGAGAACUGAAAAAAUUAACUGCUGAGUUACAAGAGGCAUUAGAAAAGUUAGAGGAAAGAGUUAAUUCUUUGCAGAAUGUUGAAAAUGACAGCUUAGAUGAGGCUGCUUCAUUUUCUUUGACAUGUAACUCAGGUUCACAUUUACUUGAGAACCACAGCCAUGUUUUUUUGCAACCUGACGAGUUACCUCAGACACUGAAGAAAAGAUCUAAAAGUGACAUUGAAUUAAAUGCGAGAAGAAGGCAAAAAAGAGAUAGCAGUACAUGUUGUGUAAGCUAGCCGAAAAAAUAACAGCUAUUUAUGAACAAUUUCCUGUUGAUAACUCCCAAUAUACUUUUGCAUCGAUAAAAAAUAAAUAUUUAGUAUGUCCUUUCUUGAGUGAAUAAGCCGAAAUGUAAUUUUUUACAAAAUUUAAUUUUUUCUGAACAUUAUUUUUAUAAGCUAAAGUUAGCAGUUCUAAGUGACAAAACACUGACAAUGUUUUUACUGUAAUGCCCUGACAGCUGAACGAAUUAAGAAACUCUUAUCACCUGAUCGGCACCCUUCAAUCCCUGACUGCUGUGUAUUGUUUGAUAACAAGCAUGGAGACCAAAGUGAAUGGAAGCUUGUAAAGGAAUUUCUUACUGGAUCACACUUACAUUAAAUCAGAUGCAGUGCAAUCCCACACAAUUGGCUUUUUAUGUCAAGAAAUACAAUUUAAUCUGAUCAGUCCACUUUGCUUAAAUGUUGAAUCAUGAUCAGCAGUCAUCCAAGUUUGUUCCAAACAAGUGUCAAUUAGAAUCAAAAGAUGUUAAGUACAACCUUUAGAGAACAAUGCAUUUUGAAAAUGCUGAAACAUUUGUUUAGUACUCUUUGUUAAAUCUAAUAAAAUAAUAUUAUUAAAUCAUGACUUAAAAAUCAUUAAUUGCCAUGAAGUUGGAUUAAGUCUUUAAAUUGUGUUUUAGUUUCGCAUCUUUGUCUUGUUUUCCUCUUUAGACGGAAAAUUAAAAAAACUGAAUAGACAUUGUUUAUAUCAAAAUAUUUUUAAAAUUAGCAAGGAUUUUCUCCUCAAAAAGAAAUGUCUAAAAAUGAAAGCAGGAAGUAUGAUAAACAUCUAAACUGUUAAACUAAGUCUGAGUUAGAGCAUAAGUAGCACUAGAUUCUAAAAGAUAAAUUCCAAAACCCUUUGAACUGUAAGUAAUGAUUAAAAUCAGCUUUAAACUAAAAGAGGACCGUUCUUGUGUCUGUUAAUGCAUACAUACUUGUGUACUCAACCUGUAAAUAAUUUAUUUUAACAAUAAAAUACACAUUAAAGGCCGAUACAGUAAUUUUGUUUAUUUUGGGCAAUUAUUUUACUUAUAGUAGCUUUUGAAAUUUGCAAGUCUUUCAGUAUAAAUAUGUUUUUUCUGUGUGACAGGCCAACCUAUUCUUUAGUAUGGAAAUAUAAAUUUUAUGAUUUUUUUCUUUACUAAUGCUUUAUUGGUAAUGUGUUACAGUUCUAUGCUUGCAAUAAAUAGAUUUUAACUUCACAUUCUAACCUUAUUAAAUACAUCAACCUAGAUUUAAGAACAAGAUUCUUGAGACAUUUAUAUUCAUCUCAAAAACUUAAUGUGAGCUGAAAACCAAGAUAAGUGCAAAGUGAUUGUUGUUAGGGUAGCAAAAGUGUUAUUAAAAGAACCACCAAAAUAUUACAAUUUGGGCUGUCACACAUUAAAGACAUGGCAGUUAUUGCACACAAAGGUUGCUGAAGGAUUCUUCAGGGGUUUUUAUUUUAACUCAGUCCUCAAAAAUAAGGGAAGGGUUUUCAAUUUUCAAUUUUUAUGGAACAUUUUUUAUGUUUGUUUGUUUGUUUGUUUUUUUUUUGCGAGGAUUUUGGAAAUAGGGUACUUCCAAACUCCAUUUGAAAAGGGUGACUGGUUAAAACUCCAUUUUCCUUCUUGCAAGUAUUUGUUUUCACUUUUUCCACAAGUGCCACUAUAAGAACAUACUUUUUACGAGCUCUGAGUUUACAAGACUGAAGUGGAAUUUUUUGGCCCAAUGACUUUUCCCCAAACUCUGUUUCACUGAAUUUGGGCAACGAUAAGUGAGAUAAAAAGGAAGAAUGGGAUGCAUGUUAGUUCAAUGGAACAACAUAUACACUGAAGUUUGUGUGUCAUGUUGGGUAUUCUGUGCAUAUUAGGUUCCCUGUUAAAAGAACAUCACUAUUACUAUUUUUUCAAGCUUGAUUUUUUUACCAGAUUUUUUUUGAAUAAAGCCAUCACCCCAUAAGUACCAUGCAUGUCUACCCUAAUGGACCUGUGUUUUGUGCCUUCUGUUACUUGCUCAUCCAACUGCAUUUUCCUUACCUCCUUCCUCUUUUCUUUUGAAAUCUAUUUUUCCUUUGAUGAACUUUUUCUCGCUCAGCUUUCUUAUUAUGAUUAUUAAUGAUUAUCUGAUUAUCAUUUCAUCCAUCAUUAUUGCUCUAACUUCCCUUUCUAUUUGCAAGGAGCUGUCCUAAGCAAUUGUUUUCAAUUAUAGAGAACAAAAUUGGGUAAAAAGAAAGAUCACAUUAGUGAGUUUUUAUUGGGCCAGUUUUGAAUCACAUAAAAGUAUGCCUGAGGCUACACAAGUCCCACCCUCUCCCCCUAGGUUUAGCUUCUAGUGGGAUUGAAAUGUAAUUUUUGACCUCAGUCUCCCCUCCCCCAUGAGGAUUUAGUUUCCUAAGCAAACCAUGGGACGGGUGUUAUGAAGGAUCUGUGAAUCGACAGGGUAACAAGACUUUGUAUUUUGGAGGCGGUGUAGGAUGGCUAAGGAUGAACUCAUUAAUACAUCAUCAUGAGUGUUAACAUGAGAAGUCAAGGAUGUAUUUUUUUUUACCAGUUGUCCAACAGGUACCUGUAAUAAGCCACUGAAAUUGGUAACAGAAACCUGUAAUACCUGCGUUUUUUCUUGUACAACCUGUUGACGUCUUAUAAACCUAAUUACUUAGAUCUUCCUGCAACUUAUGAAGACAAAAACACAUUGAAGGUUUUGCUGUAAGUUUUCAUGAUAUCCUUGGUAACCUCAAUUCUUACUAGUUUCUCCCUGAAAUAUUAUUGAAGUUUUUAAGACAAUAGUGUAUUAGUUGUGUGGUAUAAAACUGGUCCAAUAGAUCCACUAGUGUCAGAUUAUCAAAAUGUGUUUUUGUCUUCAUGAUUUAUUGCCCACAAUAAAUUGGAAACAUGUAAACUGAAACACUAAACUUUUAUGUCAUGUGCUUCUUCUUCCUCUGCAGAACAAAUUGAAACCGGAAUGGAUCCAUCAUUUGAAUAACUGCUAGGAGCUCCUUGCUAAAUGCUUGUGGAAUCAGACACCUGAUUCACUGAACUAACUCGUCAAAACAAACUGCAAUAUGAAACAUUAAUAAUAUUAUAUAAACACUCGUAGAUAACUUCUUUCCUUGUUUCACGCCUUGUUGCAUGCUUCUAUCAUUACGCUUUGCCCAGUUAAAGUUGAGCAAGUUUUAGCUGUUUAAAGUAGGAAUAAACUUUGUUAUUCACGUGGAAGAAACGUUUUAAAAAUUGAUCUAUUGCAUAAAUGUAGGGCUGUAUCUUAGUUGAAACAAGCAAAAGCUGUUGUCAUAACUAGUGUAUAAGCUAUGAUAAUCUAUAAAUUUAGCCAUUUAGUUGAAUGCUUUAAAGGCUUGUCAUGUGUAGCUAUAGUAUACUACCUAGAGAUAGAAAACUGAAUGAAAAAGACAACAAGAAGAUAAAAUAAUCUAGAAAAAGUUAAACUGAUAUUCAUCACCUAAGGUAUAAGUGUAAGGCUAAAGUAUUUUAAUUUUACAUGGAGCAGAUUUGUUUGUAUAAUUUCAUUCUAAAGAUCCGAGUUUCUGUUUCUUGAUUUGGCCAAGAAUUUUUGAUCACUUGACAAGUCAGGUGUUCAGCUGAUUCAAUAGAAUUUUCAACAGUGUAAAAUUUCAAAUUUCUUUGGUCUGUUACUAGUGCUGAUAUUAAUUUUUUUAAACAAGAAAAAGGAACAGUUAUUUGAAUUUAAUCAAUACUGCAAUAAAUUUCACUGUAAAGCAUAGCCCUGAAAAUACUUUUAACCUUAGCUUAAGUCAUUAAGAGAUUUGAUUUAAUUUGCCUUGGGCCAAACACCAAUGUACUUAGAAUAUUAAUUAUUUCCUUUGAAUUUAUGGGCGGUUUUGUUGAAACCCUUUCAACCUGCCUCAUAUGUGUGAUCUCUCUCUCUUUUCGCCAGUAGUGAAAUAAACGGAGAUUAUUCCUCCACCAUGUGUGUCCUCUUAACUCAUUAAUAAAUCUGACUUUCCUUCCAAAAACACUGAUGGGGAAAUUUGUAUGAAUUGAGUUCGUGAUAAAUCUGUUUAGUGAUGGGUGUUAACUGACAAUGUUAUUAAAACUUAUCAACAACUGGUGAAGGGUCAUUUUGGCUUCAAAUUAAUCCUCCUUUCCUUUAUAGUGAUAAACAAAACACUCUUUCAUUCCUCUGGUGGAACUGCUGUUGCUAGGUGUUAAAUUUAAAGUCCUUCUUUAAUUUGCAACAUGUGUCCAGCUUUUAUAAAUCAUGCAUAACAAAAUCAUAAUGUUAACUAAGUAAAAUUAAAUAAAUUGACAAAGGCAUGUAUUGAUGAAAAAUAAUGCUAUUCUAAAAAGGUACAUUUUGAUUACUGGAAAGAUAAAAUGAAGUCCCUGAUCUCUUAAAAACCUCUGUGUUGAUCAGUAUGACUAGCCACUCCUAAAGAACACAUAAUAUAUUGCUUUACUUAAAACUACCCUCUGUUGACUUCAGCAGUUUUAUUGAUAAUAUGAAAGCUAAAUUUACAUCAGUGUACUUUUUUUUUGAGAUAUCAUGGUUUUCACCUCUUUUGCAAGAGGCUUGCCUUGUGAUCACUUUGUAACUGAGGUCUUGUCCACAAAAUUAUCAGCUUCAAAUGCAAAAUACAAAGCAAAGUAUUGUUGUUUCUUUGGUCACCAGUCUUUCUCUGUUUGUAAUGACACAGAAGCCUCAAUUAUUUACAUUGUCUACAUUGCUACCAUGAAUUUUGUUUCCUUUUUUGACUAACAUUUGGUCAUCCUGUCUGUUCAACACAGAUCUCACUAAGUUUGUGAUAUAGUCUACUUCCCUAGCUGAUUAUUAAUCAAAAAAAAAUUUUUCCAUGUUGAAUUUUUCAGAGUUUUUAUAGCUUACAUUUUGAAAAGUAGUUUAUUCUAAAAAUCUUAUACCACAAAUAGAAUUGAAAAAAAACUCUUUAUUAAAAUCAAAGCGAAAUAUCUUGGGUCAACGGAAAAUUAAUUGUCUGGCACGUUCAAUUCAACCUGUAAUUUAACCUCUAGACUUCUGUAAUAUUUUUCUUUUUUACACUGUGAAUGUUUCAGCUGAAUUUUGUAGGAACUAAAAGCAGCUGAAAAUGUAUUGACUCUAACAGAACACCUCAUUUUAAUAUUUCUGACAGAUUUUAAUUUGGAGAAAAAUCAUUUUAAGUGUUGACCACAUAAAAGCAUUUUAAAUGAAAGUGAUUAUUCAAGAAAAGGAAUCUUUGUUAGUUUCCUGCGUAGCAGGUGUUACUAAAACCUCUUUACUACAAGCAUUUUCAUUGGCCAAUUUUGUAUUCCUUCCUAUGGUUAAAUGGCUUCCUACAGCUUGUAAUAAAACUAUCCCUUAUCUUGGGACUAGAGUAGGAAAUUUGAACUAUUUUACAUUGAAUCUGAUAGCUCUUUCAUAGCAAUUUUCUUAAUAGAUGAAGCAAUAUUGCAUUUUUUUUCUUUUUCACCCCUAUGUGCUUUUAAUCACCCAGGUGUAAUGUAGGUCUUCUUAGGAUUAAGUCCAAAUAUAAAACAAUAAAUAAAGCUUGGAGACAGACAAUAUUCUAGUCAGAACUGUGGCAUUUCCAUAAAGGCCUCAGUAAUACAAAUUUAAAUUUCAAUAUACAGGAAAAGUUAAAAUCAUUAAAAAGAAGAAAGAAAGAUUUUUAUCACUUUAAAUUUUUAAAACUAGAAAGGCCUUUAGGUUAUAAGUUUCUUUUGUGUCUCAGCUAUUGACAAUUCAUUAAAAUUCAGAGUUCCUUAAGAGCCUUGAGCUGUUAGUAUAUUUAAAAUUGAUCUUAGUUUUUGUGCUCUUCGGUCUCGAAAAUAAUAGAAAGUCCUUGCCUCUAGGUAUUGCUUUUAUGAGUAAACAUUUCCUUUUAUGUUGUGUUUUGUGGUGUAAUUCUGGUACCAUUGACUCCUUAACAUUAUUACACUUACCAAAGCUUUUUAAAAAUUUAUGUGUGGAAGAUUUAUUUUUAUUUUACCCAACGUAUUACAUUUUUUUGCAACUCCCACUUUUAGAGUAAUUUAUGCCCUUUUUGACAGGGUAAAUCCUUAGUAUGUUAUUGAAAAAGAAAAAAAAGUUUAGGGAUUUCAAAAUUAUUUUUACUAUUAAGAAUUUUUUUAAAAUUGUUAUUCACGUAAUGAUUUUAAAUGUUUUUAUUUCCAGUUAAAGAUCCAAAGAAAAUAAAGCGUGAGAGGAUAUCAGUGCAUGGGUUUUACAGAAUAGGAAAAGUUAUUGGAGAUGGAAACUUUGCUGUAGUUAGAGAAUGUAAAAAUAGGUAUGUGUCUCUUCCAUCUGUCAUAUCUAUCAUCAUUGGUUAGACAGGUCUUAAGCCCUACAUUGCUAUGAUAUUAAGGAGCCAUGUUUGCCAAUAUUUUUUUCCAAUACUGUCCAACAAUGACUGUCUUAGAACUACCGUGUUAGAACAUUGUUGUCAAGUCCAAAGAAAAAUCUAGUUUUUUAACAACAGUUUAAUUUGUUUGUACUCUUACUGUGUUGUUUUCAUUCUUUUGUAGGAAAACAAAUAAAGAAUAUGCUCUUAAGAUUAUUAGCAAAGCUAAAGUUAAAGGAAAGGUUUGUGAAACAUUGUUUGCGCAAUAAAAAGAAAGAUAGUUAAGUUUAACCCUCGGUGAAGAAAUGAGAAAUGUAAUCAACAUGUCACGAGCAUGGGACAAAGAAAGAAUCUGAGUCCCCAAGAGGAAUUGAACCUAUGAUCUUCCAUACACCGGUCAGAUGCUCUAACCACUGAGGUUCGAAGGACUCGUGGUGAGCUGGGCCAUAUACAAGGUUCAUGUAUGACAUGCAUCCUGUGUAGUGCAAGGAUCAACAAUGUCGAAAUCGUCAUGUGUGUGAUAAAUAAAAAAAGAUGGUAAAUUUUAAGCUCAGUGAAGAAAAGAGAAAUGAUGUGAUCAAUAUGUCAUGGGCAUGAGAUGGGACAAAGAAAAAAAAAAGAGACUCAGAUUUUUUCUUUCCUUUGUAGCUCAGUGGUUAGAGCAUCCGACCGAUAUUCGGAAGGUCAUAGGGUCAAUUCCUAUCGGGUACUCAGCGUUUUUUUUGUCCCAUGCUUGUGGCAUGUUGAUAACGUCAUUUCUCAUUAUUUGUGCAUUUGGUCGAAACCUAACAGUGACAGAUUCAGGCUUUCAAGAGGGUUGGGGCCGUGGCCUCGAAAAUAGGUUUUCUCAUCCCUUCAGGCUUUUAAGUUUGGCCUAAAAAUAAGAUGGGAGCCUGGGUUCCCUGUGCCCCUACCCUAGAUCCACCAAUUUGAUAUUUUCCUGCUAUCUGAAAAAUUAAAAAGAUAUUUAACAGUUCUGUCAUAUCAAUCAGUUGUGUUCUCUUCUUCUGUAGGAACACAUGGUAGAAAAUGAGAUCAGUAUAUUAAGAAGAGUGAAACAUAAGAAUAUUGUAGAGCUUAUAGAAGAAUAUGAGACACCCAAAGAAAUUUUCCUGGUUAUGGAACUAGUUAAGGUGAGAAUAACUUUCUGAAUUUGACUGAAGGUUAAAUAAAUCUACCUUUAUUCUGGUUUUUAUUGUUCCUUGCCACAGGUGAAAAUUUAGGCUUUUGACUGUGUUGAUUGAGAGAGGGGGUGGGGGGGGGGGGGGUUUUGGACGGGGAAUUUUGGAACUAAGGGAAAGAGGGGGGAAAAAAGAAGGGACGUGAUUUUUGUCCUAUUUACUUUUGGGGAGAGGAGCUGGGGGCUAACCACUUGGGCCCCAAGAGUAUAACGGACGAAAACUACGCUGUUUAUGGAGAUUAUUCCUCCACCAUGUGUGUCCUCUUAACUCAUUAAUAAAUCUGACUUUCCUUCCAAAAACACUGAUGGGGAAAUUUGUAUGAAUUGAGUUCGUGAUAAAUCUGUUUAGUGAUGGGUGUUAACUGACAAUGUUAUUAAAACUUAUCAACAACUGGUGAAGGGUCAUUUUGGCUUCAAAUUAAUCCUCCUUUCCUUUAUAGUGAUAAACAAAACACUCUUUCAUUCCUCUGGUGGAACUGCUGUUGCUAGGUGUUAAAUUUAAAGUCCUUCUUUAAUUUGCAACAUGUGUCCAGCUUUUAUAAAUCAUGCAUAACAAAAUCAUAAUGUUAACUAAGUAAAAUUAAAUAAAUUGACAAAGGCAUGUAUUGAUGAAAAAUAAUGCUAUUCUAAAAAGGUACAUUUUGAUUACUGGAAAGAUAAAAUGAAGUCCCUGAUCUCUUAAAAACCUCUGUGUUGAUCAGUAUGACUAGCCACUCCUAAAGAACACAUAAUAUGCUUUACUUAAAACUACCCUCUGUUGACUUCAGCAGUUUUAUUGAUAAUAUGAAAGCUAAAUUUACAUCAGUGUACUUUUUUUUUGAGAUAUCAUGGUUUUCACCUCUUUUGCAAGAGGCUUGCCUUGUGAUCACUUUGUAACUGAGGUCUUGUCCACAAAAUUAUCAGCUUCAAAUGCAAAAUACAAAGCAAAGUAUUGUUGUUUCUUUGGUCACCAGUCUUUCUCUGUUUGUAAUGACACAGAAGCCUCAAUUAUUUACAUUGUCUACAUUGCUACCAUGAAUUUUGUUUCCUUUUUUGACUAACAUUUGGUCAUCCUGUCUGUUCAACACAGAUCUCACUAAGUUUGUGAUAUAGUCUACUUCCCUAGCUGAUUAUUAAUCAAAAAAAAAUUUUUCCAUGUUGAAUUUUUCAGAGUUUUUAUAGCUUACAUUUUGAAAAGUAGUUUAUUCUAAAAAUCUUAUACCACAAAUAGAAUUGAAAAAAAACUCUUUAUUAAAAUCAAAGCGAAAUAUCUUGGGUCAACGGAAAAUUAAUUGUCUGGCACGUUCAAUUCAACCUGUAAUUUAACCUCUAGACUUCUGUAAUAUUUUUCUUUUUUACACUGUGAAUGUUUCAGCUGAAUUUUGUAGGAACUAAAAGCAGCUGAAAAUGUAUUGACUCUAACAGAACACCUCAUUUUAAUAUUUCUGACAGAUUUUAAUUUGGAGAAAAAUCAUUUUAAGUGUUGACCACAUAAAAGCAUUUUAAAUGAAAGUGAUUAUUCAAGAAAAGGAAUCUUUGUUAGUUUCCUGCGUAGCAGGUGUUACUAAAACCUCUUUACUACAAGCAUUUUCAUUGGCCAAUUUUGUAUUCCUUCCUAUGGUUAAAUGGCUUCCUGCAGCUUGUAAUAAAACUAUCCCUUAUCUUGGAACUAGAGUAGGAAAUUUGAACUAUUUUGCAUUGAAUCUGAUAGCUCUUUCAUAGCAAUUUUCUUAAUAGAUGAAGCAAUAUUGCAUUUUUUUCUUUUUCACCCCUAUGUGCUUUUAAUCACCCAGGUGUAAUGUAGGUCUUCUUAGGAUUAAGUCCAAAUAUAAAACAAUAAAUAAAGCUUGGAGACAGACAAUAUUGUAGUCAGAACUGUGGCAUUUCCAUAAAGGCCUCAAUAAUACAAAUUUAAAUUUCAAUAUACAGGAAAAGUUAAAAUCAUGAAAAAGAAGAAAGAAAGAUUUUUAUCACUUUAAAUUUUUAAAACUAGAAAGGCCUUUAGGUUAUAAGUUUCUUUUGUGUCUCAGCUAUUGACACUUCAUUAAAAUUCAGAGUUCCUUAAGAGCCUUGAGCUGUUAGUAUAUUUAAAAUUGAUCUUAGUUUUUGUGCUCUUCGGUCUCGAAAAUAAUAGAAAGUCCUUGCCUCUAGGUAUUGCUUUUAUGAGUAAACAUUUCCUUUUAUGUUGUGUUUUGUGGUGUAAUUCUGGUACCAUUGACUCCUUAACAUUAUUACACUUACCAAGCUUUUUAAAAAUUUAUGUGUGGAAGAUUUAUUUUUAUUUUACCCAAUGUAUUACAUUUUUUUGCAACUCCCACUUUUAGAGUAAUUUAUGCCCUUUUUGACAGGGUAAAUCCUUAGUAUGUUAUUGAAAAAGAAAAAAAAGUUUAGGGAUUUCAAAAUUAUUUUUACUAUUAAGAAUUUUUUUAAAAUUGUUAUUCACGUAAUGAUUUUAAAUGUUUUUAUUUCCAGUUAAAGAUCCAAAGAAAAUAAAGCGUGAGAGGAUAUCAGUGCAUGGGUUUUACAGAAUAGGAAAAGUUAUUGGAGAUGGAAACUUUGCUGUAGUUAGAGAAUGUAAAAAUAGGUAUGUGUCUCUUCCAUCUGUCAUAUCUAUCAUCAUUGGUUAGACAGGUCUUAAGCCCUACAUUGCUAUGAUAUUAAGGAGCCAUGUUUGCCAUUAUUUUUUUCCAAUACUGUCCAACAAUGACUGUCUUAGAACUACCGUGUUAGAACAUUGUUGUCAAGUCCAAAGAAAAAUCUAGUUUUUUAACAACAGUUUAAUUUGUUUGUACUCUUACAGUGUUGUUUUCAUUCUUUUGUAGGAAAACAAAUAAAGAAUAUGCCCUUAAGAUUAUUAGCAAAGCUAAAGUUAAAGGAAAGGUUUGUGAAACAUUGUUUGCGCAAUAAAAAGAAAGAUAGUUAAGUUUAACCCUCGGUGAAGAAGUGAGAAAUGUAAUCAACAUAUCACAAGCAUGGGACAAAGAAAACUUCUGAGUCCCCAUCAGGAAUUGAACCUAAGAUCUUCCAUACACCAGUCAGAUACUCUAAGCACUGAGGUAUGAAGGACUUGUAGUGAGCUGGGCCAUAUACAAGGUUCAUGUAUGACGUGUGUCCUGCGUACUGCAAGGAUCAACAAUGUCGAAAUCGUCAUGUGUGUGAUAAAUAAAGAAAGAUGGUAAAUUUUAAGCUCAGUGAAGAAAAGAGAAAUGGUGUGAUCAACAAGUCAUGAGCAUGGGGUGGGAAAGAGACAAAAAAAGACUCAGUGGUUAGAGCAUUCGACUGGUAUAGGAAGGUCAUAGGGUAAAUUCCUGUGCUUGUGACAUGUUGAUCACAUCAUUUCUCAUUGUUGGUGCAUUUGGUCGAAACCUAUCAGUGACAGAUUCAGGCUUUCAAGUGAGUUGGGCCCUGGCUUCGAAAAUAAGUUUUCUCAUCCCUUCAGGCUUUUAAGUUUGGCCUAAAAAUAAGGUGGGAGCCUGGGUUCCCUGUGCCCCUCCCUGAGAUCCACCAGUUUCUUAUUUGCCUGCUAUCUGAAAAAUUAAAAAGACAUUUAACAAUUCUGUUAUAUCAAUCAGUUGUGUUAUCUUCUUCUGUAGGAACAUAUGGUAGAAAAUGAGAUCAGUAUAUUAAGAAGAGUGAAACAUAAGAAUAUUGUAGAGCUUAUAGAAGAAUAUGAGACACCCAAAGAAAUUUUCUUGGUUAUGGAAUUAGUUAAGGUGAGAACAACUUACUGAAUUUGAAUAAAGGUAAAGUAAAUCUACCCUUAUUUUUGUUUUUAUUGUUCCUUGCCACAGGUGAAAAUUUAGGCUUUUGAUUGUGUUGAUUGAGAGAGGAGGUGGGGGGGUUGUGUUUUGACAGGGAAAUUUUGUGUCUCAGGUAAGAAGGGGCAAAACAGCUAGGAAGUGCUUUUUGUUCUAUUUUCCUUUUGUGAAAGUAGCUGAAGGCUUAACCCUUUAGGCCCUAAGAGUGAUCAGCAUCAAAUUUCUCCUAAUAAUAUCAAUGCUUUGUAAAACAGAGUGGUCAUGAGAAUUACGGACAUGAUCACACCAGAUGAAUUUUCUUGAUAUUUUAUCAACUUCUCCCCACCACUUCUGUAGGAAAGGAAUUACCAUUCUUAGAAGCCUACGUUUAUUACAUCAUAAUUGCGGGCGACAACAGGAGCCCACAAUCCAGAUCUCCAAGUUUUUAUUACACUUGCAUUGGAUGUUUGUAGCCAGCAUUUGUUUAGACUUCCACUAAGAAUGAAUGGAAUGCAAAGAAUGCAAUUUGAUCACACGUCUUUAGACUUUCUAUCACUCGUAAUCUGAUAACUCGUGUUUUGACUAUCUUUCAUGUGAAACUUAUGCAAAGCAUAGUGAUGGAGCAAAAGCGUUUUGACCUUCGAUAGUUGUCACCCGCACUCAGCAUCCUUUAGUUAUUACUAGUAUUAUUAGUAGAAUAUUAUUUAGUUUAUCAUUCUUUCUGCAUUUUCUUCUUUUCAGGGUGGAGACCUGUUUGAGGCCAUUGUACGAGCAACUAAAUACACAGAAAAGGAUGCAAGUCACAUGAUCAGGGACUUGGCAUCUGCACUUCAUUACUUACACUCUAUGAACAUUGUUCACAGGGAUAUUAAACCAGAAAAUUUAUUAGUAAGUAUGGCAGUUGAUCCUUCAAAAAUUAAUUAUUAAUUCUCCUGGGUGCAUAAUCUACAGUCAUCCCAGCAAACAAACACUUUGUCCAGUGGUCAUUCAACAGUACUCUUCAUUCUAUUAUGGUUUGGCCUCAUUAGACCAUUUUACAGUUGUAGGCUUAGUACUUUCAAUUUAAAUGCGAGGCUGAGGUUGAUCAUGUUUCGAUGAAACCUCUUUACAGUGUAGUUUUUUCUCAUUAUGGAAAUUGUGCUCGAAAAAUACUAGUCAGCAUAAGACCAACAAGUUUUACAUAAACAAGUGAAGCAGAAAGGGAUAAUUGUAUCAAAACAAGGUUAACUCCAGCUUCGUUUCCAUCUAUAACUGUUAAAUGGUCAAUUAAGAGAGAGACGAGAAUGUUUCUUAAUAACAAAUUCCUCUAUUUCUUGUCUUGCGCUGUAGGUUGUAAAUUAUUCAGAUAAUAGAAAAUCUUUAAAGCUAGCAGACUUUGGUUUGGCAACAGAGGUGAACAGUCCGAUGUUUCUUGUUUGUGGAACACCAACGUAUGUUGCACCAGAGAUUCUGGAUGAAACGGGGUACGUUCCUUGGCUUGGCCUGUUGUUGCCAUCUUUGUUUAUAUGUAUACUUUAUUUUAAUAUCCAUACAUUGGAUUGUGCAAGAAUUUUGAGCCCUAGCCUUGGUUGUUCAAACAUGGGAUAGCACUAUCCAACAGAUAAAGAUCACUAUCUGCCAAAUAAGUAUUAGGAGAACCAAUUCACUGCUUUUUUCACUGGAUAGAAAUUUAUUCAGGGAAUAGUAUAUAAUCCACUGGUACUUUAGGUACUUUUAGGGCUUCAUGUACUGUAAGAGUCAUAUCCUGUGCUCUGAGAAGAGAUAAAUGCUCUAAUAAUGAGAAUCAUGUCUCUUAUAAGGAUGGUGAUUAUAUUUUGCCUUAACACUGUUUUUGUAUGUUUUUCAUGUCUUUUUUAAUUUGGUAUUGUUGUUGUUAUUAUUUGUUGUUGUUAUGAGAGUUAAUUUUUUUGUUUGUAGGUAUGGUCUAACGGUUGAUAUCUGGGCAGCUGGAGUAAUAACAUACAUUCUCCUUUGCGGAUUCCCUCCGUUUAGAAGGUUUGACUAAACAAAGUAUCAUUCACCAUUUUGAUACUCUUAUUAUCAAAAUAGGUUUUCUUCAUCAAGGUGUUGUGUUCAAUUUUGUGCUGAUAUCAUCAUUUUUCAUUUCAGUCCUGAUCAAGAUGAACUUUUCGACUUAAUCCUUGCUGGGGAAUUUGAAUACCUAUCACCAUUUUGGGAUGACAUUUCAGAUUCUGCAAAGGUACACAACUCUCUACUUUUUCCACUUAUUUGCUCUCAUUCCCUCUGCAGAACUGAUAACAACUUUUCAUUGUUUUGAAUAGCAGUAUAGUGCCUCGAAACCAUGCACAAGCCCUUCCUGAAGAACCUCUCUCCCGUCAGAGAAAUUUGAUGCUUAUACUUAAAGCAACUGGCUUACUUACAGUAAAUGAGAUUGAAAUUUUCUCAAAACGAAUGACAGUUUUACAGGCAAUUGUCCAACUAACUCUUAAUCUUGAGAAAUGCAACUGGUAAUGUGUUUUGCUUAAUUAAAUAAGCUCCCCCCUGAACAUGCUUGAAAAAAAUAAGCCCUCAGGUGGCUAAAUAGAGGAUUAUGGUAUUUUUUUGUCUUUUAGGAUCUUAUAAACCAGAUGCUCAUUGUGGAUGACAAUAAAAGAUUCUCUGCUCUUGAAGUAUUGAAUCACUCUUGGAUAAAGGUAUAAUAACAUUUCUUUUUUCUUGGUUUUUAAAAUAAGCCCUUUCCUUGAUUAAUUCAAGUCCCAUUUUUUAUUUACAAUGUGUGUUUAUAUUUUUUUCCCCACAGGGACACACUACUGGUGACAAGGAUAUUCAUCAAAAUCUUAGAGUGGAAAUCACGAAAAAUUUUGAUCCACGUAGGAGGCUGAGAGGAGCUGCCAUUGCUGUGCAAACGGUAAAUUAUCUCUCCAAGGAAACUCAACUUAAUUCAAAGAAGCACUCUCUUCAAAGAGAAAAUCAACAACUUGACACAAAGAAAGUUGUUUUCUCAGAUGAAGUUCUCAACUUGUCUGCUGAAAAUAUUGCUUCUCACAAUUUACAGCAUGGGUCAGACAGCAAACUAAAUUUUUCUGAAAAUUUGCGGCAUAACCUGGAAAAUUUGUUGGUUGGGCAUUUGCCUCUGCGGCAUGUAAGCAGUCCAGAAAUUAACGCUCCAACCGGUCAGGAACACUUCUCUGAAUUAGUGCUAAAUGCUGUUAGUGAAGAAAGUGUUCUACCAUACCAGCAUGGCUUUUCACGUUCGGAUGUUAAACGCAAACCUAUUUUGAGGCAAACACACGGUGGGUCAUUGCAAGAAAACAUUCCUCAGAUUGAUAAUAUUGACACAGGUAGGAAAAGAAAAAGAUCUCUUGGUGCAAGGGUGGAAUCUAAAGAUGGAACUCCUAUUAACAGUUUUCAUGUACCAGAAAUAACUGAAAAUGAUGAGGUCAACCUGCAACAGUUUGUUGAACGGGAUGUUGUCCUUAAGCCUGUCUUAAUAGAUGAGGACAAUAGCCAUGCUCAUGCUGGCCAAACUACUGGACUUGCAAGCCAGCAUGCUUCUCAUAAAAAAACUAGUUGUAGUCAUAGUGACAUAACUGAGGAACUCAGAAGAAUUAAAAUGAGCUUUAGAGAAGGGGAAAAUGUUGCUGUUGAAGUUUAGUUUGAUGUGACAUAUAAAUCAGCUAUAACAAUAAUAUUACAAAAGAAGUCAAGAAUAUUUUUUCUUUAAACAUUAUUUUCGCAGAGCUGCUAGAAAGUUUAGAGACUUAACUACAUCAAUUUCGUAACGCAGGAAAAAUAGUUAAUUAUUAUUUUGGUUGAAUAAUACAUAAUGUUCUUACAGAUGAUUAAUUUGUUAAGGUGUCUGGCACCAUAAAUGUCAAAACCACUCUAUAGGAAUAAAAUUGGUAGUGAAAAGUGAUGAUAAAAGUUAAUGGUAACAUUAAGGUGCACAGUAUCUGUAAUUAGAAAAUUUGGCGAUAACCUAGUAAGAAAUGUGUAUAAAAUUUGUGAUCUUGGGAGAUACUGUAGGCAGGCUGAUAACUCCUUACCUGAAAAGGAACUAGACAAAGUAGAAAAAAAUUGCCUUAAAUGAAGGGAUUGAAGCUUAAAACAACCAAGGAAAGUUGCUGUAAAAAAGUUUAAUGUCUUUCAAUGCUGAUCAAGUUUUUUUGAGAAUAACAGGAUUGAAUUUGUAUUAUAUGGGCUUUUCCCCAUGCAACAUUUUGCCUAGCAGUAAGCAGUAAAUGUGAGCAAGUAAAAUAUUUGAUAUUUUCGAAUGAAGUAAAUGAUUGAGAGAUUCUUUUCAAAGAAACAAAGUAUUUCACAGGUAUUUUAUAUUGGAAUGCAAAAUAAUAAUUAUUAUUUUAUUGUUAAGAAUAAUGUAAAUAUUAAGAUUUGUUUUCCUCAUUGUUAAUGGUGGAUAAGAGACUAGGGCCUAUCUUCAGAAAGAAGGCCUGUAAAAUUUAUUGAUGUGGUAGGAUUUAAAAACUAUAAUAGGUAUUAAAUGAAUUUUUUCAUUAUUUUAAUGAUAUUGACAUACAAGUUACAAUACACUGAUUUAUUUGUAGCAUGAUUGCAAGAAUUUAAUUAAUUAAUGAUGGUUCUUGUAAAUUUAUUUAGACAAGAGCAAAUUGACAUAAUAAUAAUAGUCUGUUCAUUCAUUUAAUAGAAAAUAAUAUUAAAGAAAUGCUUUUUUAAAAUUUAAUGAAGUUGUUUUUUUAUUCUUUCUGUCUAACUACAUAACUUUUAUUCUAAACAGCACAAUGGUUUACCCAUGUCAGGUCUUGUCUUUCUUCCAUUCUGAGGUGUUGGGGUUUCUUCUGUUGCCAUCGUGUUUUUUGCUGUUACUAUUGUCAGAAUUAUGGUGUAUGGUUCUUUACUGUGGGUGUGACCCAAUCUUUUUCUUGAAAAUAAACUAACAGACAAAUUUAUUUAUCAUAUGCUUAUUUCGGUAAAAUGCUGUGUUGGAAAGGUUUGUUAGUUGCAGUGCAAUAUUAACCAUUCACUGGGAUUCAUCUUUGUCAAGUAUUAGGCAUCAAAUGCAUGUUGUUGAAAAGGUUCGUUAUUUUUCAUACACCCAAAGUAACGGAUGUCUUACUUGUUUUAUUGUACAGAAAAGCAGGGAAAAAGGAAUCCCCAAGUCCAUGGGUCCAGCCCAUGGGGACCGAAGAGGAAGGAAAGCUCUAAGCCCACUAUCAAGGAACUUUAUAAAAAAAGAUUUUCAUAGUGCACGGGAAAAUCUUAAUAUGGACAUGGAAGAACUAAAUAGUAACUCGGCCACAAAAAAGCGUCCCUCCGUUAGAACCCCUGCUAAUUAUGUUCCUGUUUGGAGGAGGCCCUUGAGCGGUGGGAAGACCACUGGUGGGUCCCCAAAUCAGAGUCCACGGAGAAGGCCAGUGAGGAGUGAGAAUGCUGCAUCUAUUGGACAAGAUAAAUGUAAAGUUAUCAGACAACCACCCAUGAGGUUUAGGCUGUGAUAUCAAUGGUGCCAUAAAACUUGUUAACUCACACUUGUUUGUCCUGGGGCUGUUGUUGUUGGCUGGUCUUUGGUGAAAAUACGAUAUUGUAAUGCCGUAUGGUUUUUGUUUUCGGCUAUGGUUUGAAAAGUCUAUGUGUUUCAUCAAGACUACAGGACGUGAUAAACUUAAAACAUUUUAGAAUUAAAGAUUGUAAAAAAUAAUAUACUGUGCAUAUUAAUAAAAAAUUAGAUUCUAAAGUAAAAUCUAAGUAUAAGUAACUUAAGUGUUUUAAACAAAGGGAUCUUAACNUUUUUCAUACACCCAAAGUAACGGAUGUCUUACUUGUUUUAUUGUACAGAAAAGCAGGGAAAAAGGAAUCCCCAAGUCCAUGGGUCCAGCCCAUGGGGACCGAAGAGGAAGGAAAGCUCUAAGCCCACUAUCAAGGAACUUUAUAAAAAAAGAUUUUCAUAGUGCACGGGAAAAUCUUAAUAUGGACAUGGAAGAACUAAAUAGUAACUCGGCCACAAAAAAGCGUCCCUCCGUAAGAACCCCUGCUAAUUAUGUUCCUGUUUGGAGGAGGCCCUUGAGCGGUGGGAAGACCCCUGGUGGGUCCCCAAAUCAGAGUCCAUGGAGAAGGCCAGUGAGGAGUGAGAAUGCUGCAUCUAUUGGACAAGAUAAAUGUAAAGUUAUCAGACAACCACCCAUGAGGUUUAGGCUGUGAUGUCAAUGGCGCCAUAAAACUUGUGAACUCACACUUUUUUGUCCUGGGGCUGUUGUUGUUGGCUGGUCUUUGGUGAAAAUACGAUAUUGUAAUGCUGUAUGGUCUUUGUUUUCGGCUAUGGUUUGAAAAGUCUAUGUGUUUCAUCAAGACUACAGGACGUGAUAAACUUAAAACAUUUUAGAAUUAAAGAUUGUAAAAAAUAAUAUACUGUGCAUAUUAAUAAAAAAUUAGAUUCUAAAGUAAAAUCUAAGUAUAAGUAACUUAAGUGUUUUAAACAAAAGGAUCUUAACAACAUUUAAAGGAUAAAAGAGAACUAAACAUUUCAUACAUUUUAGUUAUUAAGUGAGUUAAUAUAAAUUUUCUUUUUCCUUCUCUAAGGAGUAUAUUUUAUAACAAAUUGAUAUAUAAUAAUUAUUACAUUGUUGUAAUCCUUUUUUAUGUUUGUCAGAUUAAGUAUAAGUAUUUUUUGAAAAAAUAAAUGACGACAAAGAAAAGUGACUCUUGCUCUUAAUUAAUGAAGUUAUUUUCUGAUUAAUAUGAUUAUGGCUAGAGUUCCUUGACUAGGAAUCUGGUGCAAUGAAUUUGUAAAAUAUUAUCAUCAUUUAUUUCUUGUUUGCUCGUUUUAGGGACAACUGUAAACAAUAUUAAUUUAUUAUUAUGAUAUACAAAACACAGUUAAAUAACCUUGAAAAGUUAGUGACAGUUUAACCAACAUUCUUUUCUGGGAUGAUAGAGUAUAAAAAUGUAAAUUUCACAAUAAACGUAAGGGAUCAUUUUGUUCAUACCGUUGUUUUUCACCAGAUUAAGGAUUAAAUUUUCAUUCUAAAAAUAAACCUUGUUUAAAGCCUUAAAAUAAGGUAAACAGCUAAGAGAAAAAGUGAUUUUAACAAAUAAUCAUUAAAAAAUAAAGGGAGAGGGAGUGGACAUAUUUUUCUUCUCUUAAUUGUAACCUCUAAAAUUGUAUUAAUGCUAUUAUUUGCUUAUACUACUACACGCAAAAGGUUUGUAAUUUUCACAUGUUGGUAUUUCAAAUUAAGCUGAAAUACCACUGCUCUAAUCCAAUCAGAUUGCAGAAAUUUCUCAUGUGUAGUAUAAAUGCUAUUAAUAGUGUUAUAAAUUUUUCAACAACGGGCCCAAGUUGUUCAAAAGGUGGAUAGCGCUAUCCAGCGGAUAAAUCUCUAUCCAGUGGAUAGUGCAAUUGGUUUCCCUAAUACUUGUCCUCUGGAUUGUGAUUUAUCUGGUGGAUAGCGCUAUCCAGCUUUUCAACAACUGGGGCCUGAACUGAAAAUAUUCUGAAGGUUAAAACCCAACGAAAGGAGCAUGUAUGUGGAGCCAGUGAGUAUAAAUACUUUGACAGUUCAUUAAUUUUUUUAGUAAAUUUAUUUUUAUUUUUUUGUUAAGGUAAGUUUAUAUCUUAAAUUUUGUUUUGUAACUGUUUUAAUUAAAAUGUGUAAUAUAUAAGGACCUUUCAUAAAUGUUGCACUUUUCUUAAUUUUUCCAAGGUGUUUAAAUAAUUUUUCAAAUAAUUUUGAUCUACAAAACAUGCAGUUAAAUUUGCUUCUAUGUUGUUCUUCUUUCUAAAGUGCUAAAGUUGAAAAGUAAAAUUUAAAACUGUAACUUUAAUGUCAAUAUUGAAGGAUUAUUUGGAAUUGGUUAUUGUGAUUUGAAGUCCAUUAUUGGUCUGACUAAUUUUUUUACCUGCUUAAAUUUUUUGCUCCUUGUGGGGAGAGCUCGCAACAAUGUAAUAACUGACAACUGGUUUGCUAUUUUUUAGGUAAAAGCCUUGGAAAAACUUAGCAAGUCCCUUCAAGAUGGUCGUAAACUUGCAGUUGCAGAAAGCUACCAGGAUCUUUCAGCUGCAGCUGAAGAGGAUCAUGUUGUCAAACAUAGACACACAGAUAAACAUUCAUCACGCUUAAAACAACGUCCAAAGAGUUUGAAUUUUGAGAUUUUCUUUGACGAAUUUGAAGAGGGAGAAAACAAAACUGAUGAUGAAAAGAUAGGCCAUACAAGUGGAGAGUAUAACAAAGAGAACGGCCAAAUCCUCAACUUUGAAAUGAUGUCCAAGUCAUUGCCGACAGAAGAAAAGGAGUAA